GUGCAUGCAGUACAGUGCAGUAGUACAGCUAGCUAGCUACUCACCAAGCUGUACUGUGAAGGUGAAGUACUGAGGUGUGAUUUAAAGACGUCUGGGGGUAACUAAAUAGAGCUAGAGCUACGCUGUUUUCUCCCUUCUGUGCUGUCCUCAACCCUGUGAGCUGAACUUUAUUAAAAGAUAAAAUGAAAUGGGACUUUGGGUGUGGACUCUUGUUUUGAGCCUUCUCUUCGAGGGGACUAUAGCCACACCCUCAAACAACCAGAAUAUUGUGUGCGAGUCAUUCUCCGGCAUGGAGCACAUCUACAGGAGGUGCUCAGUAUGCACCGCAACUUUUAAGCUCAUAGCCGGAGAUAAGUACGAGCUGGACACCAAACGAUGCCUGGACUCCCCUCCAGCUGAAACCAACUGCACCACUGAUUCUUGUUCAUUGGACACAUCCGGCAGCAAUGUAGAGAUCAGCUGCUGUUGCUCAUCGUAUCUAUGCAAUGCUUAUUCGGGGUUGACAUUCAGUGAUGUCACCAGAGUUAGCGAAUACGUGCACAUUACCCCCUAUGAUAGCAGUGCUUGUACAAACUCGUGCGUGUUGGUGGAUGGCAGUCCGACAUGCUUCUGUCAGGACGGAUACGAACUAGAAGCAGACGGAGUCAGUUGCACGGAUAUUGACGAGUGCAGGAUGAAUCCCUGCUCCCAUGAUUGCUGGAAUACCAUCGGUAGUUUUUACUGUACAUGUCCGGUGGAUUCUCGUAUUAUGGAGGACAUGGUCACCUGUGACGAACCUAGUCUGGUGUGUUUUUCUACUACUGAACCGUUGAUGUUUCAGUAUUGUAACGAUGAUCUAAUGGCGACUGACAGUGAUAUUUCUGAGUGCAAUGCAAUAUAUCAGCUAUUGGAAGAUGGAACAUUUGAACUAGAGCUAGCUGGAUGUUUUGCAAAGGACGAGACAGACAGGUGUCCUCCCACCACCAGUGAGCGGUGUGUGCUCGCUCAAGUGCCACAGACGACCAGAUACCAAUGUUGCUGUACACACUACUCUUGCAAUGCAAAAUUCAACAUCGAAUUUCCAACUGUGAGCAACAGUACGGUUACUGUAGCACCAACCACCAUCACCACUACCAACUCUACCACAGACGUGAUUCCAAACACUACCCUCGAGCCACGCUUAUCUACUCUUAUCUUUGUCUUUGGACUGAUAGUUGUCAUGAUAUUUAUCGGUAUGUUGUUUGUAGUAUGUCUGAUAAUCUACUGUCGUUUUUCUAAGAAGAGAAAAAUAUCGAUUUGCGAAGUGUCUCGUAUUACUAAUAGCGAACCCAUUGAGGCAAGUGACGCCCACAAUAUUAAUCUUCGAAACGAGAUUGGCAGGGGACGGUUCGCUGUGGUACACUAUGCUCAAAUGAGAGGGAGUGACGUGGCCGUGAAGUGCUUCGAUGUGAAGGAAAGUUUCACCAAAGAAGUCGCAAUCUAUCUCCUCAAUCUGUUCCAGCAUCCAAACGUUCUCAAGUUUCUAACAUUCGUGGAAAACACGGAAGAGAACAACUACUGGAUCGUGUUUGAGUAUCAUGAGAAGGGAUCCUUGUACUCUCUUCUCCAACGCAAACCAGUCACCCUCAAAGAAUUCUGUGCUCUGUCCGAGUCCAUAGCUUGCGGCCUGGCGUUCCUUCACAGUGAGUUCACUAUCGAAGGUGUUACCAAACCAUGUGUGGCACAUAGAGAUCUCAAGUCUAAGAAUAUUCUGGUUAAAUCCGACGGAAAAUGUGCCAUUUCUGACUUUGAUCUGAGUAUUCGGUUUCCUCUCUCAGAACAAGAUGGUCACGGACAAGUCGGUACUAAUCGUUAUAUGGCUCCAGAGGUCUUGGAAGGUUGCAUCACGUUCAACAGAGCAGCCUAUAAGCAGAUAGACUGCUACGCCGUUGGUUUAAUCUUCUAUGAGAUAAUGACCAGAACAGAGUUGAAUGGCGAGGCUGUACCUGAUUACCGACCCCCAUUUGAUGGAGAGGUGCCGGAACACCCCACCAUAGAGGACAUGCGCAAUGUAGUGGCUGUGGGCGGUCACCGUCCCUCCUUUCCAGGCCGCUUCAUCAUCGAUGGCUCGUUUGACAGGUUGACGGAGAUGAUCACGGAACUGUUGGACACUUACCCUGAGGCCAGGAUCACUGCUGAGGCCAUCUCCAGAGGAUUGACAAAUUUCAGAAUUUCAAAGUUUCCGGAUGAUAAUGUCAUCGAUAGUGGCUAUGAGAACGAGAUCCCUAGUACCCCUCAUCAAGUAUCCUCGUUGCCUCCCCGUCCCCCUUCACACUCAACCACCCCGGGGCCGGCUCAUCCCUGCUUGGCUAUAGCACUAGCUUACACUGGCAAAACAACAGAGACCACAGUCUAAACCCACCACCCUCGAUCUGUCAUCACACACCCUCACUGAACUGAAUUCAAUCUUUAACGACAACUCUGACUCGACUCCACAAUAAUUAUGUUAAGUAUCACAAGACCUUCUUCCCAUAAGCUAUACAUUCAUUUUUCGAUUUUAUGAUGCAUGUAAAUAAUUUAGUAAUAAUUUAUGGAGAUUAUUGUUAAAGAUAAUUAUUGCACCAUUUUAAA